AGGCGUGUCGGAGGGCGGGCUGAGCGCAAGAGAAAAAGUGAAGAACCGCACACUUCCAGCCCCAGCUCCGGACGGGACUCCCACGCUGCUGCCGCUGCCUCUGCCGCUGCUGCUGUCUCCCCUCCAAACUUCUCUGUCUCUUUCCACAGCUUUUCACAACUUGUCACAUCUCUGCAGAAGUCUGAGGCAUCAGAGUUGGCUGCAUGGCUUCAUGAAAGUUUCAUGGACUUGGAUCUUGGAAAACUUUUAGCGACGCUUUAUUGGAGCUCGUCGCCUCUCUAGUAACUGUGGAUUACUGACAUACCGCAGGACCUCUGGCAGCUAUUUAUUGGGGGCUCUCGCCGUGUGUUUCCGCUGAGGUCUGAGCCGUCAUGGGGAGCAAAGCCGUGCACGCUCCGAUCCCCCUGCACCCGGCCCUGCAGCUCACCAACUACUCCUUCCUGCAGGCCGUCAACACUUUCCCCGCGGACCAGCUGCAGGGGCUGUACGGCCUCAGCGCGGUGCAGACCAUGCACAUGAACCACUGGACUCUUGGCUACCCGCACAUGCAAGGACUGAGGUCAACGAUCACGGCGGCCGCCCAGGGUCUGGUGGACCCUCGGAUCCCCUUCCCGGCGUUGCCCUUCACGGCCGCGGCGCAGCUCUUCCACCCGAAGCAGGCCGCCGCGGCGCACGGCGUCCCCUCGCUGCACAAGGACAGGCCGAGGUUUGACUUCGCCAACCUGGCCCUCGCCGCCACGCAGGAGGACCCACCGAAAGCCGCCAAUCUGGCGAAAUUGACAGCGGGACUAGGGGGAACCAUCUCCGAGCUGAGCAAGCUGUCCCCGGACAGGAAACCCACCCGGGGCCGGCUACCUUCCAAAACCAAAAAGGAAUUUAUUUGCAAGUUCUGCGGCAGGCAUUUCACCAAGUCCUACAACCUGCUCAUUCACGAGAGGACCCACACGGACGAGCGGCCCUACACCUGUGACAUUUGCCACAAGGCGUUCAGAAGACAGGACCACCUCAGAGACCACAGAUACAUCCACUCCAAGGAAAAACCAUUCAAAUGUCAAGAAUGUGGGAAAGGAUUCUGUCAGUCUCGAACUCUAGCCGUCCAUAAAACCUUACAUAUGCAGGAGUCUCCCCACAAAUGCCCCACAUGCGGAAGAACCUUUAAUCAAAGAAGUAACCUGAAAACUCACCUUCUCACCCAUACAGACAUCAAGCCCUACAGCUGUGGCCGCUGCGGAAAGGUGUUUCGGCGCAACUGUGACUUGCGACGGCACAGUUUGACGCACAGCCCACAUCAGGACUACUAGGCUGGACAGACAAACAAACAAACACACAAAAAACACAAAGGACAAAUCUCACAAAGACAAACCAGCGAAGCCCCAGUUUUCCCUUCUUUGUUUCAUUUCCCCCCCCACCUUGGCUCAAAGACAAUCUCCAAUCAGGACACGUUCACUGCGCCGCGUUACGCAGUGGGAUUUGGUUACACCUGAACAGCGGAGGAGCCUCCACGUCCAGCUUUCACCUGUAAAUAUCAAGACCAUGUAUAUAAUGUUGCUGUUUUUUUUAUUGUCCUUUUCCUGACCUUGAAAUGAAAACGUUGUCAAAAAAAAACAGUCAUAAGUUUAAAAUAUGUUAAAUUGUAUUUUAGAAAAUAA